UUCAAAAAAAAAUAUCCGUUGGCAGCAGCAUUAACUUCUCCAACAGCCAUAAUUUUGAAAAUCAGGCCGUUGGAGACCACCUUUUCUAUAAAUUGGGACCCCCUCUCUUCACUUUUACACACACAAACACAAAUUCCUUCAAUAUCUUCACAUAUUUCAUCCUCACUACUCUAAUUUUUUGAGCUUUCUUCACUAUGGGAAAAGACAAGAACAGGGCAGGCACUUCCGGAAAAUCCAAGUCCAAAUCCCGGGCUCCAUCCACGACCUCCGAGGAACGCCUCUACUACGGCGACGGGACGUACCUCUGGUUUGAUUCCAAGGAGGAGCGCACCCGAUUUCUCACCUUUUUCUCCAAACGGGUUGUGGCUCCUCCACGAAUCAUCCCGGAGCACUACCCGGAGCUUCAUCAAGCCAGCCUUUGGCCGUUCGUCUCCCGGGCGCGCAAGGAGAUCAACCCGGCGCUGAUCCGGGCCUUCUACUCCAACCUCCGGCGUGAGGACGACGUGCUCUACUCGCUCGUCAAGAGCACGCCGAUCGAGCUCACCGUGGAGCAGCUUGGCCGCAUCGCCGGCCUCCCCUUCCAAGGCGACGAUGUGUCUCACUAUGGUGGAGAGGAUUGGGUGCUCAACAACGAGGGCCUUAUCCUCAACGAGCUAGGCAUCACCGAGCUCAAACGCCAUGCCUCGGGCCGCCCAACCAUCCACUCCGCCAACCCCGAAGGCUGCCUCGUCCUCUACAUCGUCUCCCGGAUCAUCAAACCCCAGAAGCACGACCACACCAUCAUGCACGGUGAAGACCUCAAGCUUAUCCAUGCGAUCAUGCAUUCGGCCCCAAUCAAUUGGGCAAAGUUUGUCAUGAUCAACAUGACGAUUUCCACGUCCACCGAGCAUGACCACCUCCUCACAUACCCGUUUUUGGUGAUGGACAUCCUUGAACGGUUCAAGGUAACCACCACCGUUGGCCCGCUCACGAAGGCCACGAAGAUUUGGACAAUCAGCAACCAAACCUUCCUCAAGCGGUCGGACAACGCCGCGCCUGCCACUGCCGCGCCAAGCCGCACUGCCUCUGCCGCUGGCCCAGCCGAACCCCAGGCCCGGGCCAACCUCGCCUCCAUCGCCGACUCCCUCAACCGGCUCCACCUCAAGGUUAACGGGAUGGGGAGCUGUCUUGACCGGCUCGACGUGUCUAUUCAACGCCAAGGAUACGCGAUGAACUCAUACUUCCAAGGCAUCAACUACGUCCCCCCACCGUACCAUGGCACGUUCCUUGGGCAAGUGUACGGUGACGAGGACGAAGCCGAUGACUCCUACGCCCCGUCAAGCUCCCCGGAUGAAGACGCAUUCGACGAUGCCAUUGAUGGUGAUGAGAUGGACGUCGACGACGACGAGGAGGAAACUGAAGACGAAGACUAGGACUCCCCUAGAAUUUCUAUCUCUUUUACUUUAAUUAUCCUGUUUUUUUAAUGCUUCCGUUGUACUCCGCUAUUUCCCUUUAUUAAAUAAAAUCAUUUCGUUUAUCUUUUUGUUAAUGUCAAAAGGGUGAAGAAAAGGGCUAUGCAUAU